CUAGCCUACCUCUUGCUUGUCUUCGUACAAAUUCAACAUGUCGUUCUCCGAGAGGGCGUCAGCCCGAGACGCUCCUUCAGAACGUUUAUAUACAGAAAGUCCCCUGAGAGGCGUUUCUUCACCGUCGGAAACUGAGACCGAAUCAGCGUAUACCAGCGCAAGAAGGAUGCGAAGGGCUGAACGCGCGCGCCGACGCACACGCCCACGGCGCCGCGAGACCGAAGACUCCUAUGCUUCAGCAUCUCGUGGCCGCUCGCGAAGUCCAUCGAGACAUGCAGGUACAUUCGGCGCGUAUACGGGGGGAAGCUCUACAGGCGACCUACCUCCGCCUCCUUCGGUCUUUAUACCGCCAGCUCCUAUACCGUCUCUGCCAGUGCCAUCACCGCACUAUCAGACCGCGGAGAGCGUGGCGUACAGCACUGGUGCUCCCUUCUCAGCCGCGUCGUCUCCUCCGUCGCCCAUAGCUACGCCCCUGCCUCCAGUGAUACCUCCAUACUCGUAUCCGCAGGCGCCCGCUCCGACGCCUCAGUAUCCUUCGGCACAGUAUGCUCCGCCUCCGCCUCCGGCUUCGCAGCACUACACAGUGACACCCAGUGGACUGUACGUCCCUCCAGGUCACGAUGUUCAGCAGUUCCAGACGACGUCCACCAAAUUCGGCGACAACGUCCUCGGCGUCCUCUACACAUUUAUAACCUACCGGCUGCCCCUCUUCGUCUAUCAGAUCUUCCUCUUUCGGAUGCCUGUCUUCUACUACGGAAGGGUGUCCCGCGUGCUCGAGGACGCUGAGAUGAGCCUCGCGGACGUGCGGAAACUUGCGAUGACAACGGCGUCGGAAUGGAAGGCGAAGGAUACGAAGAAAAAGUCUUCCAAAGAGGAGAUGCUGAGUCGACUUGACUAUAUGACCAGCUGGAAUGUUUCUCCCCAAUACGCUUCACAAGUGACUCCUGCUAUGCGGCGCUUCCGCGACUCGUGGGAGACUUUCAUCGACUCCCUUCUACGCGAGUGGAAGACUCAGAAUGUUAUAUCUGCCCUUUUGCUUUCUGCGCUUUUGACGAUGCUACAGAUCGACGUAGCCGCAGACGACGUCGUUACACGCACAGUCUGUAUACUGGCGCUGAUCGCGGCACUUAUGUCGCUGCUAUACGGGUGUCUCUACAUUAUCCGUUUUGGUACCAUGAAGCGCAUGCACAAGGCCUCCGCCUGGGCCGACGAAGCGCAAAAGCGUCGCGAAGCCAUUCUGUGGAACGUGUGGGUGCUGUUAGCCAUGCCUGUCGUGUGGCUCACCUGGUCUAUCAUCUUGUUCAUUGUUAGCAUCAUGUCCUACGUCUGGCGCACAGGCUCCGUCUCCGACCCCGACGCUCGCACGACCAGCAAAGAGGCCGCCCUCGGCACUCGCAUCGGCAUCACUUGCAUCCUAGGCCUUGGAGUGCUUUACCUCGCGGCCAUGGCGAAGACCUUCUCGCGGUACGGCGACCAGAUGGACAAGGCGUGGAAGCGGCAGAUGUCUUCCAUGAUCGCGCAAAUCCUCCCUGACGGCACAGCGGUCAACGCGUAUGGCCAGCCGAGCGCCAGUCAGCCUUUCCGCCCAAGUCAGGUCUCGCAGCAAUAUCCGAUCAUCCCAGCGACGACCCCGUAUGCUUCGAGUGUCGCGUACCCGUCAAAUUGGCAGACGCCAUACUCUGUACCGCCGACCAUACCGCCAUAUUCGCCUACGACGCCGGUGCAGUAUCCUCUUCAUGGCUCGUAUGGUAGGGAGAGUCAUACAUACGGCUCUGAGGCCGACGUACGCCACUAUCCAACGUACAGCCCAGCAACAUCGUACACACCCUCGACGACGAGAACUUCCACGGACACCGUGCGCUCGGGAAGAUCGUCCACGACGACUCGGCGGCGACAGCGACGGCACUCUUCCUACUCAGAAGCGGACGAGGAUGUGAUUCCCCCGCCACGUCUGCCGCCCGCUUCCCCCGAACCGACCACCCCGACAGCAAGCAAAACACUCUCUGAGCCGCAGGUCAAGUCCUCUCGCCGGCCUAACGUCCGCCUUGGGUAUCCAGCGCAGACUAUACCAGAGCAGCAGCCGUUCAUACCUCAGGCUCCCAGUCCGCUGCAUUCCAUGACGCCCACCAACUGGCCUCCUCCCCUCCCAUACCUAGGCCCCAGCUUCAGCCAGUAUAUCCCCUCGGUACCAUUACCUCCACAGCAGAUGCAAUGGCCUCAGCAAGGCCCCUCUAUCGUGUUCCAGGCCCCUUCACAGGCGCCGACGGUUGUGCCGUACCCAUCGCGGCAUAGCCAUUCGACCGAGGCGGGAUACGAGAUAUCACCCGUAGACCGCCGUUCGCGCUCGCGCUCGCAGUCUGCUUUGUCCCAUCGUGAACGGCCAGCGAUGCCUCCGCCUCCGCCAAUCAUCCACAGUCAGCCUCUGGUGUCCUCCGAGUGGGAGUCGAAAACUGAAGCCCUUCACGAAAAUCCUGUGAAGGCGGCUUUCGCGCGCAAGCUUACGCGCCGGGGGCCGUUCACUGGCUUCAGGCCUCGCCAGGUAGUCGAUCUGAUCACCAACGAGCGACUUGUGGACAGCGAUCGUGAUCGAGAGCUCUUUGAUACCAUCUUCUAUGAACGGUGCAUUGAGUAUCAUGACCAUGAUGUUUUUACCUCGAGCGUGAUGCGCGCGUAUGCUUCUGCGGGGCGCAGUCGCUCUCCCCGGUCACGCUCCGCAGGGACCUCACACCGUGGACGCCCACGAUCCCGCUCGCAAGCCGACUCAGACGCCGUAUUCGCCGAGUUGCAGAGAUGGAACGAGCACUUCUUUCGACAGCGCGGGAUGUCCGCGGUUCUCACCUAUAUCACGCGUCAUGACGCAGAGGAUGGGUACGCCGUGUACCUCGUCGACAUGCCGAACACACUUCUAGCAGAUGAGGAAUCCAUCAAGGCCCUCUUCAGCGACAGCAUCCCCAUGCACCAUGCCGAGGGGGUUGUGAUCUACUUGUACGAUAGCCGCCCUCCGUCGGCGUUCAGGGAGCGAAUUCAGGCCGAUGUGGUCAUCGACAUCGAGCGCCUUCAGGGCAGCCCGAGUCGACAGCGCUGGACUUCCUCGCCAAUCCCUGCCUCUCCACCGAUGCCUCUCCCGGAUUCGGCGCCACCGCGUAGUCCGACGGGUCGGUCGGAUCCGUCGUCUGCCUCGUCGCGCAGGACGUCUCCUUAUAGACCCCAUCAACUAUCCACCAUAGACGAGGGCUCGAGCGGUCGUCGCGAUACCGCACAGUCAGAUUCGGUGAUCCCGGCCAUAUCUACGCCAUAGUCUGAUUCGGCCGGGGAAAGGGCCAGCGCACGAGUGCAGAACACCGCCCGUGAGCGCCCCGUCGAUGCGGUUGUUCGGCGGUGAAAUAAGUACUGGGGUGAAAGCUCAGAAUGAACAGCAUGAGUACUUCAUGGUCGCAAACAAGUCAUGUUGUACUUCCUAAUGUCCAUAACGACUACUGAUGUACGUGACAAAAUAGGAUAUGCUGCCUUACGAUGACCUCUGAAGUAUUUUCC